GUCAAUCACGAUUUAUAACUUUUCUAAUCUUCGACCAAAAUAGUUAGUGCAGCCACCACUUGCGAGCAUAAUUUCCAGUAGCAGAAGGAAAUUACGCCAAAGGACACAAGCGUUUACUCAGCAACGGACGCAGAACAGGUCACGGUCAAGUGGUGGCACGUUGUUGUUGGGCCUUUGUAUCUGGCCGCUCCUUAUUAGUGUAGAUUGGAGGGAAGAAGCAUCCAAGCUUGGACCUCCCGCCGUAAAACGUCAAGCAAGUUUGCGCAAAAGGUGCGUGCUGCUGCUGCUCCUCGGUGGUGUGUAUAUGUGUGUGUGUGUAUGUGUGUGCGUGCGUGUGAUCCGUUUUAGGGACGAGGAAGCAUGGUGAAUCGCGCGGUAGACUAGCAAAUAGUGCAUCAACAAAGUGCAUUUAGCUGCUGCAACAAGGCCUAGCGGAAACGAGCAUCGCCAAGAUAGGGGCUCCCGUUUGGGUCGUUUAGUUUUGAAGGUUAAGAAGACGAGAGAAAGAGAGAGAAGGAGAGUGAGCGUGUGUGUCGCGGUGCGGCGGGUAGCGUUGUACCCCAGUGUGUAAGCGCUACAAUGUUCGAUCGAUCGAUGGAGCAAGGAAGAUCGGGUGCGAAUCAGUCGGAAGGACGCAGCAGCAACGCGAUGAAAUUCUCCGGCUCGUCGUCAUCGCUGCCUGCGAAUCAAAGGAAUCAAAGUACGCCGUCAAGGUUGAUGGGCUCGUAUGCGGGCAGUACGAUGGGUCUGGACCGUACGCUCAGUACGCCACCGGUUGCUGAAUCGACGCACAUCGGCAGUACCAGCUUUAGUGCGGCCUGGAACGGUACCGGCUACGGUGGACAGUCCAAACGGAGGCCCACCUCACCGUUAAUGAACAACCGGACACUGUUCAAAAGCAGUGGCAAUUUGACCGGAAUUGGUCGUGUCAAUUCACGCGUGCUGACCGAUGCACAAAGUCCAGGUUUGGUAAAUCGAUUGGUGCGCUAUUACGAUCGAAGUCAGUCCCAGGCGAUGAACCGUUCCCAGUCUCUAUCGAGCGUGUACAACAAACCGGGCCAAUUUCCACUGGUCCAGCUGCGCAAGCACGAGCUGCGGUACGCGAAUAAAGACGCAAUCCGGCGGAAUGGGAACUUUGGUAUGGUUCGCAUAGCACCACCGGAACGAUCCCUCUUUCACACGAACAAGCGUAGCAGCAUUUUUCGCAGCGGUUCGAUGCUCCUACCGAGUACCAGCGAAUGCAGCUCGGCAAGCGAAUCGUCUUUGUUUGUGGCGGGCUUGGGCACGGCACGAAAUGGGCCGCCCACCGUUGGCAGCAGUAGCGUCGGGAGUGGUGGCGGUGGUGGAGGUGAUGAGGCCGAUGUGGAAAAUCGUGUUAUUACACCGUGUGCCGAACUGGAGGCGACACCCACCCGCAGUGUACUUGAUGCACUGAAGGAAAUAUCCCGGAAGCGUAUCAACAGUGAGGAGCUGGACGCGGAUCGUAUCAAGAAACAAUGUCAGGAGCUGUCCGAGCUUGAUGCGGCCGGCAGUGGGCCUCCAUCGGCGACCGCAGCCGUGGCCAUCGGUACGCAUGGGCUAGCUACAAAACGCAGCCGUGAACAGACGUCGGAAAGCAGCCCCGCUUCCCCCCCGGAACAAGGGCCAGGGCUGGGCGGUGUGGGCCGUGUGACGCAUUCUGGUGGUGAGCAGCAGUCGCAAAAGAAGCGGCUUUGCAUCAAAAACAAUGACAUCCUCAGUUCGCUCAGCUCCAGCCUGGUAGCGAUGAACACACCGAAGCGUACCCUUGCACAGCGCCCAGACCGACACCGGUUGAACGUGAAUCAGGCACCUUCGAUAAGCAUGUCGUCCCCGGCAAUCGGAACAGUGCCGAGCUCCUCUUCCACCCUGAUCGGACUUGCCACGCCGGAAAAGUUUUCCAAUAUGGCGCUCAACACACCGGGAUCGCUGGAGCGAAGCGAUAGUCCGCGAGCAUCGAAUGCUGGUCACCCGGCAGGCUCGAAGGCUAGCAGAGAACCGGUCGAGCAGCUGCCUGCGCAGCGUGUCCCACCAAAGAUAACACUCUUCAACCGGCCGUACGAAACGUCGCAAUCCUCGUCGUCGGAUAAAGCCAGCUCGCCGUCCACGAGGGGCAUCAGUCGAAUAAUAUCCAGCGAUGGCGAGGAAGACGAACAUGGCGAAGGCAGUGGCAAGGUUCAGUUUGUUAAACCGAAAGAAAAAUCACCCAACGAUGUGAGUUCGAGCGGAUUCGGUUCUUCGCGCGAUCCGCUCAAAAAACCGGCCCCAUCGAAGCUUACCGUGAUGCUGAAGUGCUUAAGCGGUGACCUGGACGACUACGAGGAGGCGGAGGAAGUGGAGGAAGUACGGCCGGCACCACGCUUACCGCAAGCUGCUGCCACCCCAGUCACACAGUCAGCGCGCACCGGGUUCAGUUUCGGUGCCACUUCCGCCAAGGAUAUGGUUGAUGCACCAAAGCAGCUUCCAACAAGUGUCGCCACGCAACCGGCCGCCAGUGCAACAGUGUCGGAUGCGGUGACGUCUUCCGCUAGUGCUUCUGCUCCUUCACCGACAGUCAGCAAUGGAUUAUCGGCGUUGAUAAACAAUCCCAUCAAAGAUACCGGGUUGGGUAAUAAAGCUUCACCAGCAGCAGCAACACCAUCCAAGGAGCCUAGCACGGACGCGAACUCUGCGAAACCGAACGACGAGAAGCAGGACGCCAAACAAGCGCAGGCCCCACCGGCGGACCCAGCCACAAAAUCAUUAACGUUUUCGUUCGGUACGGCCAAUGCGUCAUCCACCACUACGCCACCAGGUACCGGGUUUUCGCUGCCAUUGAAACCCUCGACCACCACCACCACCACCACAACUACAACGGUUGAGCAGAGCAGUGCGGCGGUUCCUACGGCAACGUUCUCGUUUGGCACACCGGUACAAAAGUCAACCGCUUCAGCAACCGCUUUGAGCAACUCGAAUUUAAUUUCUUUCUCACCGGCCGCGGCGAAGCUUCCAACGCCCGUGCUUCAGUUCGGUGGCAGUGCUGCGUCGACUGCAUCCACGACGGCCUCGACCGCGUCAGCUGCACCGCCUAUGUUCUCCUUCACCGGUGGAUCGCCUUCGCAAACGGCGGCAGCAUCAACAGCAACAUCAGCAACAGCAGCAACAGCAACAACAAUCGCAUCAACGAUGGCAGCACCAUCGAGCAUCAGUUCGCCCACCUUCGGAGCUGGCAGCACCUUUGGAGGCUUCAAACUGCCUGCAUCGGUAUCGUUAGCGACGACCUCAUCGUCAGCGCCAGCAACCACUACCACGGUACCAGCGAUGACGGCAGCGACAACGUCGGCCCCGGCCACCGUAACUCCCGGCUUUAGCUUCGGUUUCAGUGCGGCCAGCAAACCGGCCGCUACUACUUCCACGACAAUCCCAACGUUUGGUUCUGGUUCGCUGUUUACCACCAGCACGGCGGGUGCUUCUACGACCACCACAACCACGGCGGCCGGUAGUACGUUCACGUUUGGCAGCGUUACUACCACACCGAAAGCGACACCAUCCGCCGCCAGCAGUCCGUUCACGUUUGGAGCCAAAGCGGCUACUAGCCCUGCGGCGGUGGCUGGUGCAGCCAAUGCUGCGUCCUCCAUCGCGCCCACCACACCAUUCCCGACGUUCGGUGCAAUUGCUAGCAGUGCUGGCCCAACAGCAGCAGCAGCAGCAUCAUCAGCACCAUCCACGAAUGCCAGUGCUACCAACACAUCAACAACCGCUUCCCAACCGUUCGUGUUUGGAGGCGCAGCUAAACCCGCCGCCAGCACAAACAUAUUCGGAUCCGCUGCCACCAACACUACCGGAAGCAGUGUACCGGAUGCCGCAAAGACGAACCUUUUCGCUAGCGCAACGCAACAACCGAACGCCGGCAACAUCUUUGGAUCGGUGGUUGCCGGUGGACAGCCGUCAGCGAACGCCCCGAACGCUCCGACCGGAGGACCGACCUCCCUCUUUGGUGCCGCUACCGCUACACCAACCGCCGGAACAGGAUCCGGUUCAUCGCCGUUCACCUUCGGUGCCGCCAAAGCAACGGCGUCGCCCAUCACACCGGCGAAUGGUGCAAUGUUUGGAAAUGCGGCACCGCAAACGAAUGCUGCAGCUCCUACGGCUGGCAUUUUCACGUUCGGAUCUACCAAACCAGCGGCACCGGCAGUCGGCUCGUCUGGCGCACCAAACACGGCUGCCCCUGCCCAACAACAGCAGCAGCCGGGUGCCGCAACAAACCCGCUGGUACCGACGUUUGGUGGAAGCUCCUCCAACGCGUCGCCGUUUACAUUCGGUGCCGUUGCGAACAAGACGACGCCCGCCGGUACGGGGACGGGAAUGUUCGGUUCGAUGGCACCCACCCCAACCAACAACAACAACAACACAUCCGGACCGGUCAACAACAAUUCAACUCCGGCCACGUUUGGUGCAACCGCUAUGAACGGCGGUACAAACGCAUUACCGGCGUUCGGUGGCAGAUCUUCCAUCUUUGGUAGCACGACCCCAGCCGGAUCUUCCACCGGAACCAUACCGAAUCCGUCGCCGUCAGCCGGUUCCAUCUUCGGAACGCAAACCAACGGACCUCAGCAUGCUGCCAACAGCAACAGCGCACCGUCGGCGACCCCGUCCGGUGGACUGUUUACGUUCGGAGCGAACAGCAAUGCGUCGAACAGCACGCCCGGCAGUACGUUCGGUGCGAACGCCAGCAGUGGCACCACCUUCGGGGGCUUUAACGCACCUUCGGGCGGACUUUCGAAUGGUAUUGGCGCGAGCGCACCGGCACCGAACAAACCGUUCACGUUCGGUGCGUCCAAUCCCGGAACGCAAAACAGUGUCGCAAACGCGCAGCAAGGAGCAGCGGCGGCACCCGGUGCGCCGACGGGCUUUAACUUCAACCUCGGCUCGAAUGCGGCCAAACCGUUCAACUUCACCGGCGGGAUGGGUAACGUUAACGCGAACGGAAGUGUGGCCUCACCGCCGAUGUUUGGUUCACCGGCAGCUACGGCCAAUACGAAUCCGGCUGCCGGCAAUCCGGCACCCUUCACAUUCGGCGCGAUGGUUAAUGGUGGUGGGGGUGGUGGUGGCGUUGUCGGUAACAACAACAGCAACACAGCACCCGGCCCAUUCACGUUCGGUGCGUCCGCGGCACCGGGCGCUGGUGCGCCAGGUGGAGGUGGCGUAACGUCGCCGUUCAACUUCUCCGCCGGUAAUGUAGCGGCCGUUGCGCCACAGCCCCAGCAACAGCAACCCGGAGCAGCGUUCAACUUUGGUGGACAACAGCAGCAGCAGCAGCAGCAGCAGAUGCAGCAACCGUUCGGGAUGGGUGGCGUCGCGCCGGCAUUCGGUGCACCGCCGGCCUUCGGUGCACCGGGUGGCGUUGUGCCCGGUGGUGUGAUGCCGACGUUCAGCAUCGGUACGAACUCAACACCGAACGGACCGCUCCCUGGCCAGCGGCGUAUCAAGGUUGCGACGAGGCGUGUCAAGUGACCGUAAAAGCGAACUUGGUAGCGAGUACCGCCAUGCCACCAGCUGCAGCCUUAAUCCCGAGCCACCCACUGUUACAUUCUCAACUCCCCUUCCCAGCAUCCGGCACGCAUUCUUCUCGUCCCUUUUUGCAACAACAACAAAAAACAGUCUUUAUUAUUUUAAUUACCCUUCUCUUGUUAAGCUGCUGUUGCUCUUCCGUGGUUAUAGUUUUCCGGGAUGCCGUUUUUUCGAUAGGUUUUUGCAUUGCAUGGAAGGAAAUUCACAGAGCGGUUGGGAAUUGUGCGUGCGUGCGUGCGUGUAUAGCAAACAAUGUGGAUGAAUUUGUAAAAAAAACACACACACACAGUCACAGAAAACAGACAAACAAAAGAGAAACAAACAGAUUAAUAAAAUUACAACACAACCUCCAGUUACGAAAGGAAUUAACAAACAUA